AUGUUGGACACUUCUAAGCUUCUAACUCUGGGGUUCGCAUUCGCAGUGGGAUAUGUUGUCUACAAGGACCGCAAGGGCGACCCGCGUGAACCACCAGUGGUGACGAGCGCGAUUCCGCUGAUCGGACAUCUACUCGGGCUCAUAUUUUCCGGUUUUGGUUAUUUCACUAAGCUGGCGAAGAGCAAUCGAGACAAGCCAAUCUUCACUGCGAAUAUGGUUUUCAAUAAGACGUACAUCGUUACGUCGCCGGAUCUUAUGCAGGUAGCUCAACGUCACACUAAAACUCUGAAAUUUGACCCAUUGGUGACUUUUGGCCUACGCAACGUUGCAGGGAUCCAAAAUGAGAAGAUCCUUCAUUUACUGCGUGAGAAAGAGUCCGGUGGCGGGGGUUUAGUUCAGAAGAUCAUGCAUGACAUGGCUCCAAAGCUACUGGGGAAGCCGUUGGACACAAUGAAUCUAUGCAUGACCCGGUUACUACUCCCUCACCUUGAUCGGCUGGCGGAGGCUCCUACCGUCGACUUAUACGGGUGGUGUCGCGAUGUCAUUAUGGAUGCAAGCACCCAGUCUUUGUACGGCCCACUGAAUCCAUAUGCGGAUGCUGAAGUCUCAAAAGCAUUUUGGGAGUUUGAGACAAAUAUAGCCCCCUUGGCCUUUAACACUCUGCCAUGGCUGACAGCACGCAAGGCAUGGAAGGGCCGCAACAGAGUCUGCGAAGCCAUUAUAAAGUACAUUGAGAACGAUGGUCCACGGCAGGGAUCUGAGCUUGCUAUCAUGCGACACAAGACAUUGAUGGAAGCCGGAUUCUCCAUGGACGAGUACGCGAAAAUGGAAAUAACAUUGAUCAUGGCCUUCGUAUCGAAUACCGUUCCCUCCGCAUUCUGGGUACUUUUUGAUCUAUACAGCCGUCCCCAGUUGCGUAGCGAAAUCCGUGAGGAACUGAAAGCCAAUGCGCUUUCUGUUGCGGCGGAUGGGACUCACAAUAUUGAUAUUGGGGCUAUGAGAGAAAAAUGCCCGCUGCUCUUGUCUACCUUUCAGGAAGUGUUGCGCACGCGUACAACGACAUGCUCUACACGUAUUGUGUUGAAGGACACAUUGGUCGCCGACAAAUACCUCUUGAAAGCUGGGAAUAUGCUUAAUAUCCCUGCCGAUGCCAUGGGAUAUAACCCUAAUGUGUGGGGUGCGUACUCAGCCGUGUUUGAUGCGCGGAGAUUUAUGAAGCCGGUAGUCUCCGAGGACAUAGGUGAGACGAAGGAGAAUCGACGUCCUGGGCGGUUCAUGACCUUUGGUAUUUCCCCUGUCAUUUGUCCUGGUCGGCAUUUUGCCAGUUCGGAGAUUCUUGGCUUGGUUGCCGCGAUGAUUUUGCGGUAUGACGUUGAGCCCGUCAGUGGAGGCUGGAAGGAGCCCCCGAAAAACCAGUCAGCCCUUGUUUCUAUUAUGGGAGCAAUCAAAGGCGAGUAUCCUGUAAGUGUGACAAGAAGAAAAGAGUUCGAAGGCGUCAAAUGGGGAUUUCAGGUUGAAGAGGGCCAAGGACAGUUCCCAUUGGUAAUCGGGUAA